AUGGCUUUCGAUCGGUGCCAGAAUCUAAGAUGGAAGUACACUAAUCAUGGACCCAUUGAAACCGAUGUGUCUACGCACACAGAGCUGUCUGCGAGCGAGAAAAACCCAGUGAUCCUUGAGUUCCGUAAUAUGACCUUCGCAUACCACAGGCGGCCUAACUUGCCCACUUUCAACAUCUCUAUCGACGCCCAUAGAUGCAGUAUCUAUGGUAUCUUUUCUACGCCACUACAAAGCAUUACAUGGGGCUAUAGAGAGAUUGUGUCCCUGUUGAUUGACGAAGGGGCAGACCCAAACUUGGUGGAAGAGUUGCAAUGGAAGGAAUUCCAAACACCGAUUUGCUGGGCAGUAGAGUAUGGCCAAGAACCGGUAGUACGGACUUUUCUGGCGAAAAUCAACGCCCUUCAAGCAUGCGAAGACAUCUGCUCCGAACACCGCAAGCCCUUGAUGCUUGCGUUUGAGAGUCAAAGCGAGGCAAUGGUAAAGCUGUUGCUCGCUCAUGGUGCGGAUUUCUGGGGAUAUUGCUCCAAUGACGGACCUCUCGCAUGGGCUGCCGAGCUUGGGAGGUACAAUAUGGUACAAACUUUUCUACAACACGAGACUCAGGCAUAUGAGGACAGGCAAAGCCAUAUGUUUAGCGCUUUGAUGUUAGCUGCUGAAAGUGGUCAUGGUGGAAUAGUCGAGCUGUUGUUGGAAGAUGGCGCCCUAGAGGGACAAGGUGCUUACCAAAUAGCCUGGGACUUGGCAGAAUGCUUCGAACAUGAAGAAGUUAUGACCACCCUAGACCCUUAUGUUACAAAUGAGGACGGCGAUGGGAAGAUUCGUAUACACAACAGGCUUUCUUGGGGCGUUAUUCCGAUACUUGUCGGAACCGUUCCCGGAACAGUGAAUCUGUUGAACAACCCCCCUGUCUUUGUUACCGGCUCCGCUUGA